CAGCCAUGGGGCCGUUAUCUCUAUAAGAGCUCCACGUAGGAAAGAGAAAGCCGGAGAGAAAAGCGCACGUCGCAAGCCGGCGAGAGCCGCUACGCGUCUUUCCACAUGCGAGCGGGCCCCACCAUGUGCGUCUUGUCCUCCUCCUCUCACGCACCCUCUUCAACUGUCGGAGGGGCUGGCGUUGGCCGCCGGCUCGGUGGAGAAGGGCGCGGGCAGGGGAGCUCGCUGCCGGCAAGCGCGCGGGUGGCGAGGCCGUUGGGCGCGGGCGGCCUAGCUCGCCGCCGUCCGCGAGCGCGUGGGUGGCGCGGCCGCACAAGCCCGGGCGUGGGGAGCUCGCCGCGGGUCGCCGUCGAGGCCUCGUCGGCCAGGAGCUGUGGAGAGAGAUGUGGAGAGAGCAGCGAGAGAGAUGUAAUUAAAAAAUAUUGAACCUUUUGCUUUUAUCGAGCUGCGGGGAAGCGGCAGUGCGGUCGGCCGGCCAUUGCGGGUGCCCCAAUCGCUAACCGAGAGGAAUAUUUCAUUUGGAGAGGAUUACAGGGAUGCGCGCCAACCUGCCCUUGAACAUGACCUCGACCCUCGAGCAGACGAAUAGUUUAGCGGCAGGAGAAUAUAUAGGACGAAUAGUUUAGCCCUUGGCAGGGAAUCAGGGAUCCAAUGCUCUUUCUACUACCUCUCUUUCUACUACCUUCACCUUCCCCCCGGGCAUCUGGAUCCCAUCGACCUCUGCUUCGUGCUCUUCCAAGGCGGCUGCGAGCGGUGAGCUGUGUUGCGGCCGAGCAAGCUUGAUUAAUCAAGCAACCUCGGUCCGGCGACGAGCGGCGGGCAGCGAUCCAGCAAACCAGCGAGUCCUAAGCACCGGCGACAAGGAGAGGGCGGCAACCGGGACAAAUCCAUGGAGAUCGUGACAGGGGCAAUUCCAUUGAUCUCCAUACACCACUGCUGCUCAUAGCUCACACAUACACACUACAAUCUCGCUCCUUGAGCCCAGAGGCAGAUCCGGCCAUGGAGGUCGUGACAGGGGCACUUCCGAGCGUCAUCGCCAAGCUUGGUGACCUGCUCGUCGGUGAGUACAAGCUGCAGAAGGGGGUGAAGGGAGAGAUCAGGUUCCUCCAAGCUGAGCUCGAGAGCAUGAAGGGUGCUCUUGAGGAAGUCUCCAACACACCGGCUGACCAGCUUCACAUUCAGGACAAGAUUUGGGCCAAGGAUUUGAGAGAGCUGUCCUACGAUAUAGAGGACAAUAUUGACACAUUCAUGGUCCGUGGAGAGGGCAAUGAGCAGGCCAAGCUGCGUGGCAUCAAGAAGUUCAUUGAUAGAAGUGUUGGUUUGUUCAGAAAGGCCAAGGUUCGCCAUGGCAUUGCUACUGAAAUCAGAGACAUCAAGAGCCGUGUUGAAGAGGUGGCCGAGCGGCAUGAUCGGUACAAGUUAUCAAACAGUAAUGUGGCUAAGCAUGUCCCAAUCGACCCUCGAAUACUUUAUCAGUACGAUAAGGUGACUGAGCUCGUUGGCAUUGAGGAGGCAAGAGACGAGAUAAUUCGGAUUCUGAUGGAAGGUGAUGAAGUGUCCAAGCAGCAAGACAAGAUAGUUUCCAUUGUUGGGUUUGGAGGCCUGGGAAAGACAACUCUUGCUGAUGUGGUGUAUAAAAAGCUUAGAGCACAAUUUGAGUGCGCAGCUUUUGUUUCGGUAUCUCAGACACCUGACCUGGAAGAAUUACUCAAGCGCAUGUUCUUUCAACUUGUCAGGAAGGAAAGUAACAAGAGCAGCGAUGUUGCCAGAGAGCUCAGAGAAUUCCUCGAGAAUAAGAGGUACUUCGUUGUUAUUGAUGACAUAUGGAAACUCUCAGACUUCAAAAUGAUUAAACGUGCUUUGCCUGGUAAUAAUGUUGGAAGCAAAAUAAUCACAACUACUCGUGAUCUCAAUAUUGCUGAACAAGCUGGCUCUAUUUACAUGUUGCAACCCAUGUCUCCAAACAACUCUCGGAAACUAUUUUUUAGAAGAAUAUUUGGUAAUGACGACAAAGACAACAACGAAGAAGAAGAAAGGUGUCCUAACGAUGAGUUGGCUGAAGUAUCUGAUAAAAUACUGAAGAAAUGUGCUGGUGUGCCCUUAGCUAUUAUUACAAUGGCUAGUUUGUUAGCUUGCAAAGCAAGAAAUAAAAUGGAGUGGUAUGAGGUCUACAAUUGUGUUGGUACUGGUCUGGAAAACAAUCUAGAUGUGAAGAAUAUGAGAAAGAUUUUGUCAUUUAGCUAUUAUGAGCUACCAUGCCAUUUAAGGGCUUGCUUGUUAUAUUUGAGCAUUUUUCCUGAAGAUUAUAAAAUUGAGAAGGAUCGUUUGAUAAGGAUGUGGAUAGGUGAAGGUUUUAUCAAAUGUGAAAAAGUAGGGAAGAGCCUAUUUGAACUCGGAGAGAGUUACUUCAAUGAGCUUAUAAACAGAAGCAUGAUCCAACCAAUAUAUUAUUGUUCAGAUGAUAUAAUGUCAAGCUGUCGUGUACAUGAUAUGGUGCUUGAUCUUAUCCGCUCCUUGUCAAGUGAAGAAAACUUUGUUACUGUACUAAGUGAUAUGGGAGGCACAUCUCCGUCAAAUACGAUUCGGAGGUUGUCCCUUCAGAAUGGCCAGAAAAGUCAUGUGAUGGCUCAACUUACAUGGAGCUUGCAACAUGCAAGGUCAGUUGUUGUCUUUCCAGCUGCUGAUUCUCUAGUGCCGCCUCUUGCCUGCUGGCGAGUUUUACGUGUUCUGGAUUUAUGUGGCUGCAAUCUUUCACAAGCUAAUAGUAGCCUUAAGUACCUUGGGAUUCUGCAUCACUUGAGGUACUUGGGACUACGUAAGACAAAUAUUUACCAGCUCCCGAAAGAAAUAGGAAACCUGCAGCUUCUACAAACAUUGGAUGUAAGUGCCAACAAAAUUUCCAGGUUGCCUUCGAGUGUUGUCCAGCUAAGAAAGUUGAUGUUCCUAUGCAUUCCCUCUACAAGAGGGCCAAACGGAAUUGGAAACCUGACAAGCCUUGAACAGCUGUCAUGGUUAGGCAUUGAUAACUCCAACGUAAAUAUUAUAGAAGAGUUGGGCCAGCUCACUGAACUGAGGAUUCUGCAUAUUCGAUUGGAUGAGUGGAACGACAAGCUGUUGGAGUGCCUACACAAGCUACAAAAGAUUCAAGAACUAGGUAUCAUGGUCUAUGAUGGUCAACCCAGCCUCGGCGGAUUAGAUGCCUGGGUUGCCCCUCGACAUCUCCGCGUAUUGAAUACAAUAGGCAGCUGUUGGUUUUCGACACUUCCAGCUUGGGUGAGUCCAUCGCUUCUUCCGGACCUCACCCAUCUAGAAGUCGCCGUGAGAGAGCUACAUCAGGCCGAUCUCGAAAUCCUCGGGAGGUUGCCAGCUCUUCGCGUUCUAUUUCUGGUGGUGGACAAGAAGAACCUCAGUAUCAUUCGGGGAUUCGUUGUUGGUGCUGGUGCGUUCCCGUGCCUUGUAACCUGUAGCUUCCGUCAAUUUGUAUGGCCAGUGGUAUUUCAAAAGGGAAGUAUGCCAAGGCUCAGAAAUCUUUACUUCUCUCCGUUUUAUCCGUUGGAGAUAAGAGGAAUUGCCUGUAAUGACGGUAGUCUCGACUUGGGUCUGGAAAACCUGCCAUCGCUGCAGCAUUUCGGUGCUGACCUACGAUGUGAUGGUGCUGGCAAGGAGGAGGCAGAGCAAGCCAAGGCUGCGCUGACGCAUGAAGCUAAAAUGCAUCCCAAUCAUCCCCAUCAUUAUAUCAAUAUUGCAGAUGACGAUGAUGAGUAAUAUAAGACUUUACGCCGGAAGGUGAAGCUGGAGCAGAGCAGAUGACAAAGUCCCUCUGUUUCGCCACGCAUGCAGAGGUUAAACUGCUCGACCAUGAGCUUUACCAGACACGCUCAGACUCAGAGUAUGCGUCUGAGACUCAGAGCUUUGAUCGUUUCUGCUGUGCAUCAACCAAUAUGGCAUUUCGUUGAGAGUGCAGGAUGACAUUGUCAGUGGAUAUGACUCCCUUCCCCCUCUGUACUCAUAUUAUCGUUUUGUUUCAUCGUAAGAUUUUUACUGCAGCCUGCUGUUUCAGUGCAAGGAACGUUUAUUUUACUCAUUGCAAGCUGUUGGAGUGCCUAUGCAAGCUACAAAAGAUGCAGGAACUAGUUAUCAUAGUCCGUCCUGGUCAACGUAGCAUCGGUGGAUUGGAUGCCUGGGUCGCCCCUCGACAUCUUCGCCUAUUGAAUAUACAAAACAGCUGUUGGUUUUUAACA